AUGUCGGGCCCUACUUCGCCGGGAUCGCCUGAUGGUCCAUUACCUUCAAGAUCUCGCAUGUUGGUGCUUUGUUUUGACGGAACAUCCAACGAGUAUGACGGAGAAAAUACGAAUGUAGUCAAGUUCUUCGCAAUGCUGCGGAAGGACUGUGAUGAUGAGCAACUGUGCUACUACCAGACUGGCAUAGGCACAUAUUUACCUCCCGGAAUGUGGUCAGCUCUGAGCAUGUGGAUCGCGAAAAUCGCCGACGAGGCGAUUGCCUGGUACCUUGAUGCCCACGUUAUGGACGGGUAUAGAUUCAUAAUGAAGAAUUACCGUCCCGGUGACAAGAUUUCCAUCUUCGGGUUCUCACGCGGAGCGUAUACAGCUCGUGCUUUGGCCGGCUUCUUAACGAAGAUCGGUCUACUGCCGCGAGACAAUGACGAACAAGUAACGUUCGCGUAUAAGAUGUACCAGCGCACGGACAAGGAGGGACUUAUCUUGGCUGCCGGAUUUAAGGAAACGUUCUGUCGUCCUGUCAACAUCGAGUUCCUUGGCGUUUGGGAUACCGUGGCCAGUACCGGGGUCAUCAUGAGCCAGGACCUGCCAUUCACGACGAACAACACCUUGAUCAAGACAUUCAGACAUGCCCUCUCCCUGGACGAACAUCGCGCUAAAUUCGUACCGACCUUCUGGACUCUGUCAACACCGCAGCCGCCAAAACCAAAGCCAGGACAAGGCGCUACACCAGCUGCGGUUGCUUCCUCGGCGGGAAGUCGUGUUAACGCGCCCGAAGCAGCAAAUUCACCAGGAGGCGCUUCGGAUGCUGAUGCACAGCGAAGUGAUGCACAGGAAGCCCAUCUACUUGAUUCGAACAAGAAAUCUGCACCCGGUCGAGAGAAGAAACGGCGAGGAUUGUGGCUCCGUUUCGGCAAGAGCAAGGCGAACGGAGUUCAUGGCGCGUUCAGUACUCAGGAAAGCGAUCUGGAUACGACUGAUGUCAAACAGGUUUGGUUUGCCGGUUGUCACAGCGAUGUGGGCGGAGGCGCUGAGAAGAAUAAUGCGGAUGGAAUGCUCUCCGACAUCCCACUGCGCUGGAUGGUCCGCGAAGUAGUCGCCUCACAAUGCGGCAUCCAAUUCGAUGCAGCAACGAUGGCACGUCUCAAUGUGCACGUUUCUCUCCCCGGACCAGAGUACUUCGCCGCAGGCAUAAACGGCACAACCCCUCCAGGCCCACGUCCAUCCGAGGUGGACAUCACAGCAGACCAGGUCGACUCAACCAAGCCGUUGCACGACGAACUCAAGCUCGACCCUCUUUGGUGGAUCCUCGAGAUCAUACCGCUGCCGUUCACAUGGCAAGACGCCAAGGCGAAAUGGCACAAGAAAUGGGAGUUCCAUCUUGGGAAAGGGAGAUAUGUCAAUACAUCGGGUCCAUUGCUAUUCCAUGAGACGGUACGAAUGCGGAUGAACGAUACGACGCUUAAAUAUACCCCUCAUGCGAUAUACGAGAAAGGGAAAGAGUCGUACGUGUGGUGA